UUUUGUCUAUGCGUCAUUCAUUAAACUCUUCGCGUGUGUGAUUCCGUGAAAUUAUUUAUAAUUUGGUUUAAUUAUAGAUAAUCUUGUAUUUGUACGUCUUUAAGUCAGUUAGGAAGGCGUGCAUGUGAAAGCGGUGAUUAUUCAGAGACGCAGCGAUUGCGGAAACAUGUGUUUUGAUGUGAACAUCAAUGGUGCUAGCUGAUGACACCUAGAAAAAUACAUGUCAACAAAUUUUAAUUAUCUCGUGUUGAAAACGUGGGACCGUGGGGUGUAUUUGUAGUGUUUGAGUUGAGCAUUGGUUAGGUGUGAGUUGUGAAGGUGUAGGUUGGGUGGAACUGGAGAAAUAAUGGACUAAAGUCAUUUCCGGCCGCGAUGUCCCGGUGAAGUUGUUGAGUGUAGUGUUGGAUCCGGCUGUACCAUGGCGAACCCAGGGAUCGGGGUCUCCUUUGACCCCAAUGACAUGACCAGUUGGUAUUUCCGCGAGCUGUCGCGCGCCGAGGCCACGAGACUUCUGCUGAACGAGACUGAGAGUGGCGUGUUCCUGGUCAGAGACUCGAAGACUAUACAAGGGGACUAUGUGCUAUGCGUCAGGGAAGACGACCGAGUGUCCCACUACAUAAUAAACCGCGUGGUAUCAUCAGACAGCACGGUCAGGUACCGGAUCGGUGACCAGCUAUUCGCGGAUAUGCCGUCGCUAUUGUCCUUCUACCGCCUCCACUAUUUGGACACCACGCCGCUAGUGAGGCCGUUGCCGCAGGCACGCGCGCGCGCCGCCGCUCCACCGCCCCCCACCCCGCACCAAGUAUUGGAGUUGGUGAUAGCGAAGUUCGACUUUGAUGGUAGUGACCCUGACGACCUGCCAUUCCGCCGAGGGGAGCGAUUGAUGGUCAUCAACCGCGAUGAGGAGCAGUGGUGGACGGCACGCAACGGCCAGGGCCGUACUGGCUCCAUCCCCGUGCCCUAUGUGCAGAGGAUUUUGGACCCCUCCGGCGUUCCGUACCCGCCGUCGGAGGCCAAGAACCAGCUGGGUGAUCCGCCCAGCCCGCCCACCAAUAAGCACACUCAACAGCACAGCACAAAUCUACAGCGGACGUUACCAGCCCUGGCUAGAGUGAGACAAACCCGGGUGCCGAAUGCGUACGACAAGACCGCUCUCAAACUAGAAGAAGGAGAGAUAGUUAAGGUUAUAAAGAUGAAUAUGAACGGGCAGUGGGAAGGCGAGCUGAAUGGGAAGCGUGGCCACUUCCCGUUCACGUACGUUGAAUUCCUGGACGACAACGCGGCGAGCUAAGUGCCUGGCACGCAGGGCUGGACUAAGGGCGGGGCCCGCAGCGGUCAGGUUAGACAGUAUUUGGCCUCCAGAGUUAUGCGGUGUGAGUGAGCCCGCUAGACUCAUAUUAUUGAGCUUGGGUAACUCCUUGCGGUGUAAGUGCGCCCUCUAGGCUUAUAUGAUUGAGCUAGUCUCAUAGUUGGCGGACUUUGUCAAGUGUUUGGUUGAGAGGUGCAGUGCAGUGCUAAUCAAAGGGCCCCGCUUGUGAUGGUGAAAUUAAGUCUUGGACGGGGUAUGGGCGGGUUUGAAUCAUUUUUUUAUCAGUAUACUACAAAUUCAAAUACACAAUCAUCAAAUGUUAUAUUUGUUAUAGUGCGAAUAUUCUUGUAAUUUUUUGAUAAAAUGGGACCCGCUACCGCCCUUAUUCCGCCCCUGACUACUACUGUGUUAAUGUUUACAUAGUGUAAAUCAUUUAAUGAACUUUACAUAAUUUGCUAUACAAAUUCAUUAUACAUACAAUAUGUCAUAAGAUAUUUGAAUUUGCGAAGUGCUCUCAAUCUCAAGUUAUAAAUGACAAAAAUAUCUCAAUAAAGAUUCCUUUAAAAGUGUCUAUUGAGGCAUAUUUGUUGUUUCUAGUCUUAGAUAAACGAGUUUGCCCACCGGGCCUUGUAUAUUGCUUUAUUGUAAGCUGUUAAUAAAUGCAAUCAUUUGAGGAACACAGGGGCGUAUUAAGGGGACUUUUGGGGCGAUGUGAGAUCAUAAAUGACCCCCGUUUAUACAGGUCGGCUUGACCUAAAAUCACAAAGCAAAGCAAAACAUGCGUCUUUAGUUAAUUCAACUUCCUCGUACGCCAUUGUGAGUUAUUUUUUCUGCCCAUUAUUUCUUCUAUUAUCAAUUUAUUAAUAUUAUUUUCAUAUACACCCUUAGAAAAUGUAUUUGUCUAUUACAGAGUUAAUGAAAUAUAUAUUUUUUCAUCAUUUAAAAUGUCUCCAUUUGAUUUAUUUUGAGAGACGCGGUAUCUGAUUUUGGAUGACAAUAUCAGAGAAUUCUUAUAGGUAAACUCUACCAACAAAAUAUUGAGUCAAUUUUAUAAAAAGAUCCUCAAUUUGCAGCUGUAUUAAUAUUAAAAAUAUACUUCUAUUAUUUUAAAGCUAAUCUCAAAAUUAAAAGUGCGAUUUAUUUUAUUUAGGGGUUAUAUAAAAUAUAUUUUUAUACCAAAGAAUUCAUAAAUAAAUAUAUAUAUCAGUUAUUUUUGUAAAUAAACAAAAUCAGAUACUGAAUGGUCUUCCAGUUUGCCAUUACACCAGCACAUCGGGCGUUACAUGUUGAUCUUAGAAUAGACCUUAUUAUCUAUUGAAUAAGAGCUAAUGUUACGUUUGAUGUGCGUCGAGUUAGAAUUGAAAUAUUAUAUAGAAUAUAAAGAACCUAUGAAGUGUUUAUUUAUAUCAUUGACAUAGGGUGAUAGGUAUUUCUAUUGCGAUGACGGUGCUUCGUGCACUUGAUUAUUUGAAAAAAUGAGAUUAAGUUUUCUUACAGAUAUCAAGUAAGUACGACAAGAUUUCUGAUGAUUAUUCCAAAUGAUAAAAUGUAACGUUGAAAAAAUCAUCGAAGCGUUUUUAUGAACAAAAAAAUUUUUUUUGAAGUUGGAUAUACACAGUUUGAAAAAUAAGCUUGAAAUUAAAUAUUCAGUCAGUUUAUGGUCAUGUGUAUUGUACUAACUUGUAAUUUCUUAACGUUUAAAUUUGAAACUUAUUAUAAUGUUAUUAAAGUUACAAAUUAGCGUUGUUAUUAACAAGGAAUUGGUAUUUGCGAUAUAAUAUUAUUGUACAUCGAAUAGUCACUAACGGGAUAGAUAUUUUUCAAUUUUGUACCGUAACACGUUAUAGGUAGAGCUCAUUUUCAAUUAAAAUGUAUGCUUAUUUAAGACAUUAUUCGCAACUAUAGUACAUCAUUUAUUUAUUUAUGAGAAUAAGGAAUUUUGUAAGGUCUUUAUGUACUUUUACAUUAUUGUGUAUUUAAAUCAUGGCUAUUUAAUCUACUUUGAAGCACAAAUUAAAGUAAUAUUUUAUUAGUUUUACGCAUUUCAAUGAAAUUGGACGAUUUCUGCAUUUAAGUGUAUUUGAUAGUGUUGGUUUAGCCAUUUAUUGUGUCAUUUAUUUAUUGUAAUACAUUUAUGUAUAAUUCAAAAUUUAAACCGAUAUACUAUUGACUUAAUUUAAACGAUCUGAUUUUGAUACCUAAAUAAUAAAUAAUUGGGUCUCUUUCCGAUCAGUGUUUGACCAAACUUUAUAUUCGUGGUAUUUUUCCCCUAAUAUCAUACCAAUAAACGUCAAGCUAAUGUAUUUGUUCAAGGAGCUAUUUUGAAAAAUUUUGAAAAGUGACCGUUCAAUUCACUUAGAUAUAACAAGUUAGAUAUCUGAAAGAGCCCUAGUCUAAACAUAGGUUUUUUGCCCCUACGAGAUUGAACACGCUCAACGUUGAGUAAGUAAGACUAAGGAAAUAAAGCAAUGAGCAAUGCAACUAUGUAAUCGUGUAAUUUAAUAGUUUGGAUACAAUAUUAUUAUUAUACCCCUGUCACUUGCAUAAUUUGUAUUCAGUUUAGUUAUCCAAACCUGAACCAAUUGUAUUCAUUGUCAUCUUUAGACAUCAUUAAUAGUGUCGAUUGUUGCCUGAAUGAUGGCGUGCAGUAUUUUUGGAUAAACCAAUUAAAAAAUAGACUUACUAUAACAAUAAUAGAGUUAAAGACCCGCAAUGCACAAUGUAGGUAUAUUUUUUAUUCUACUCCCCGAGUCUGUUUUAUAUCUAUUUGUCAUUGACAGAAAGCAAUGACUAUCUAAAACGGUGCAUAGAGCUCUGUUAUAUAUUUUUAUUAGUGAAUUUUGUAACACAAAACUUUUAAAUAAUUAUGCUUUCGUUUUGUAACUUCAUUAAGUGCUUAAUUAAAACAUUUCUCUCAAAAAUGUAUAGCAAGUAUUGACUAAAAUUAUAUUGCUUGUAAUAUUGUAAGGAUUGGCGAUAAAUGCACCAAAUAUUAUUAUCAUUGUAUAGAAAACAUUAUAUGGAUAUAUUUUGAGAUUGCGUGUCAUAAAUUACAUUUAUUGUACAUUUUUUUAAGUCAUGUACUUUGGUAAUUUGUUUUUAAUGAGUUUAUGUCUAACAAUUAGCAAUAAAUAUUAGAAAGAACUUGUAUGUUUUACUUUUGCUUUUUAAUUACUCAUUGCAAUCAUUACAAAAAUAUAUUGAUCAUAGAUGGCUAAUAAAAAAGGGAACAAUUGGGGGACCCCAAUUUCCAAAUGCGGCCCUGGACAUAAACAAAAUACUUUUAAAAAAUAUAUAAGUUUGAAUUUCCGAAUGUUUUGAAAAUAACUUAUCAAAAAUACUAUUCUUUGUCACAAAUUGUUA